AUGGCACGGUACUCGCGCGCCUCGCUCUCGCUGCUUCUUCUUGCGUGUUGUGCCCUUAUGCGGAGCUCCUACGGCUCGAGACCGCCUCCUCUGGGGUCGCAGAAGCAUGCGGUCCUAUCUCCGAUGGUUCACGGCGCCGCCCAACCACGCCGCCUCGGCGACACGGAAGAGGGUGCGACUGGUCAUCAUGGAGUAGACGCUGACGAUGAUGCUGUCACAGCUUCCACGAUGGGCGUGGGCGAUGUUGUGCCGUCGGAGCAGAGGAAGGGAUCAGGGCUGCCGGUGCUGCAGCAGGCGCUGGGAAGGAUGCUGGGUUCGAAGCUGGCGCGGCGGAUCCUCGGAGGGGAGGCGGAGGACUCGGCGGCCGGGCCGUCGUGCCACUCCAACAACGCGCACAUCACUUGUGCCCCGCCGGCGCAGCACUGA